AACAAAAUUCCUCUGUAACAUCUUCUCUAAUAAGAACUCAAAACUUUUCUUCUGAGAAUCACCUUUUUGGCUGAGACCCUCUUCAGGCAAAAAACAGAGAAAGGUGAAAAAGUUUACCACUUUAAGGGGUUGAACAAAAAAGUUGGAGUAUUUUUUUAUUGAUUCUUGAAUUUACUUGAUAAAAUGGGAUUGAUUUCUGGGAUUCUGAUGGGGAUGAUCUUUGGGGUUUGUUUAAUGGCUGCUUGGAAAUACACGACAAGUUAUCGAAGUACUAAAAGAAUUUCCAAGGCAGUAGAGGUUAAUCUAAUGGGCUCCCUCAGUAGGGACGAUCUAAAGAAAAUGUGUGGCGAUAAUUUUCCUCAAUGGAUAUCAUUCCCAGUUUAUGAACAGGUCAAAUGGUUGAACAAACAAUUGAGCAAACUUUGGCCAUUUGUUGCUGAGGCAGCCGAGGCUAUAAUAAAAGAAUCUGUUGAACCUCUUUUAGAAGACUAUCGACCUCCUGGAAUUACUUCAUUGAAGUUCAGUAAAUUGUCCUUGGGAACUGUAUCACCUAAAAUUGAAGGUAUUCGUGUUCAAAAAUUUAAAAAAGAUCAAAUUACUAUGGAUAUUGAUCUUCGAUGGGGUGGUGAUCCCAAUAUUGUUUUAGGUGUGCAAGCUGCAAUGGUUGCUUCUAUACCCAUUCAGUUAAAAGAUCUUCAGCUUUACACAAUUGUUCGUGUUAUCUUCCAACUAGAUGAAGAAAUUCCUUGCAUCUCAGCCGUUGUUGUUGCUUUACUUUCUGAGCCAAAGCCAAGAAUUGAUUAUACUUUGAAGGCUAUUGGUGGUAGUUUAACAGCUCUUCCUGGAAUUUCGGAUAUGAUUGAUGACACUGUAAACUCGAUUGUUACAGAUAUGCUAGAAUGGCCCCAUAGAAUUGUCGUUCCAAUUGAUGUAGCCGUGGAUACUAGUGAUUUGGAGCUUAAGCCACAGGGAAAGCUUAUAGUGACCAUAGUCAGGGGUAGUAGCUUAAAGAAUCAUGAAAUGAUUGGAAAAUCUGAUCCAUAUGCAGUUGUAUAUAUUCGCCCACUAUUUAAGCUGAAGACGAAAACCAUCAACAACAACCUAAAUCCGGUUUGGGACCAGACGUUUGAGUUGAUUGCAGAAGACAAGGAGACUCAAUCUCUUAUCCUAGAGGUAUUUGAUAAAGACGUUGGACAAGAUCAGCGAAUGGGUGUUACAAAGUUGCCUCUGAAUGAGCUGGUAGCGGAGAAUCCGAAAGAAAUUGAAUUACGGUUACUGCCAAAACUCGACAUGCUCAGAGUGAAAGAUAAGAAAGAUAGAGGAACUAUCACAGUGAAGGUAUUGUAUCAUGAGUUCAACAAAGAAGAGCAGUUAGCUUCUCUGGACGCAGAGAAAAAGAUCCUAGAAGAAAGAAAGAGGUUGAAGGCAGAAGGGGUCAUCGGCAGCACUAUGGAUGCGCUUGAUGGAGCAGCAUCAAUCGUUGGUUCAGGCGUUGGCAUGGUGGGCACAGGCCUUGGUGCAGGAGUAGGUAUUGUCGGAACUGGGCUAGGUGCGGGUGCAGGGAUGGUAGGAAGUGGUCUUGGAGCUGUUGGAAGUGGCCUAAGCAAAGCCGGAAAGUUUAUGGGGAAGACCUUCACUAGCCAUUCAAGGAAGAAGAGUGGUUCUUACACUCCAGUAAACUCUGUUCAAGAAAAUGGAGGUGCUAAGCCACUCUAGGCUAGUUUUGUGAAGUGGAAACUUAGUAGUGUUUGUAAACUUGUAGGGUUUAGAUCAGAUUUAAGCAUGUGUUGAUCGAUGCAAAGAGUGUACUGUUUGGGAAAUGGAAUUAUUGUGUUCAUAAGUGGGGUGAAAGCUAUGCAAAUGUGCACAUUUUAC